CAGAAGUGGAAAAGAUAGGUAGAGGUGGAGAAGGCAGGUUUGUGUGUGUGUGUUGCCUAGUCCUCAUCCAGGUUCAGUUUUUUGAGUUUGAGGAGUGGGAGAUCCCUUCCUGAGACCCCCUGUUUCCCUCCCUCCUAACCCCGCUUUCCCAUGAUUAUAAGAGGCAUGGCCAAAAGCUUCCCAGUCAAGGACCCCCUUCCUGCCCCCCCCCCCAUUUCUCUGCUCUUUGCAUGAGCACCUUCCGUGCACAGAAAAUCCACCAGGGGGGGCACUUCAGCUUUGGACCUUACAAAUGGGGAAGCCAGUGAGUCAUUUUGCCUUUCCAGGAUACUGGACUCUCUCUCACUUUAACCCUUUGAGAUCUGCAGGAAUUUGAAAGGCGGAAACAAAAUCCAGAGGUGGAGACGGAACUCAAGCCAUGUGAUCCUGUCCACCAUUAAACCAUCUUUCCAAGCAGUCUCCAUGUUUCCAAUGUCUGUUUCCCCACUUGGAGUAGAACCCAGAGGAUAUUUCUUCCAACAGAUAUUUCUUCCAAGAAAUGAAAAAGCAUUUGGAGGUACACAACUUUCCUUCCACUAAUUUAGAAUUGCAUUAUAGGACAGAGAAAGAAUGGCAAGCCGUCCUUUAGCAAGUGGGGGAAGUGGAAUAGGCCCUUCCGGUGCUCAGUCUGGAAUCCACGGGGAGAGCUGGACAAGAACUGGGCAGAAGAUGCUGGAAGAAGGAACCAUCGUUUCACAAGUUCACGCCUGGAACUUCAGGAGCGUCCAAUAUCGGGAGGAUGAGGGUCCCCGAGGACUUUGCAGCCGACUCCAUUCCUUUUGUAGCCGAUGGUUGAAACCAGAAAAGUACACAAAAGCGCAGGUGCUGGACCUGGUGGUUCUGGAGCAGUUCCUGGCCCUUCUGCCCCUGCAGAUGGAGAGCUGGGUGCGGGAGUGUGGAGCAGAGACCAGCUCCCAGGCGGUGGCCCUGGUGGAAGGCUUCCUCCUGAGCCAGGCGGAGGAGAAGAAGGAGCAGGUUGAGUUGCAGCCCUUCGCAAUGGAGAUCAGAGAUCCUGAGAGAAAGAGGCAUCCAUCAAAUCUCCCUGAAGAACUGUCUUUCAGGGGGAUCCCUCCAGGAGAUCCAAUUCAGGACACCUCAGGAGGGAAGAAUAGAAGGAAGUUGACUCUUUGUUUUGGGGGAUUGGAAAGGAGGAUUGAACCUCCAACUCAGGAGAGUCUUGUGUCCUUUGAGGAGGUGGCUGUGUUUUUCUCCGAGGAGGAAUGGUCUCAGCUGGAUCCUCACCAAAGAGCUCUGCAUUGGGAAGUCAUGCUGGAGAAUUAUAAGAACGUGGUCUCUCUUGGUGAGAAUGACAAUAAAGACUCUGGAGAACCAAUCGAAGUCUUUAGACAAGGAGACGUAAUGGAGAAACCUGCAAUUCAAACAGAAUUCCAAAGGCAGGAGAGAAACCUGUCAAAUAACUGGAAUAAGGAAAGCUCAUCUUCAAUUGUUGCUCAGAUGCAGGACUUUAUUGAUGAACGAGGAAAACUAAAGAAGAAAUAUACUGGGAAAGGUGUAAGACUCUAUGAAGACACAUUAGAUGUAAAUGGACUCUGUCCAUCUCAAGCCAAAGGACCAGCCAAUAUAUGCAAAGACGAAGGAAAAAAUUACAGUUGGAUAUUCCCACUUUCUCAAGUAAAUGGGUCUCUUGAAUCACAGAAAAAUUUCCACAUUGGAGAGAAGUCAAAUAUAAGUAAUGAACAUGGAAACAAGAUUGUUAAUAAAAGGACAUGCAUGAGGGAGAAGCCAUAUAAAUGCAUGGAGUGUGGAAAGGACUUUAGCCAAAAGAAUAUCCUUAUUACCCAUCAAAGGAUCCACACGGGGGAGAAGCCAUAUAAAUGCAUGGAGUGUGGAAAGGGCUUCAAUGCAAGCAGUUACCUUACAACCCAUCAAAGGAUCCACACAGGGGAGAAGCCCUUUAAAUGCAUGGAGUGUGGAAAGGGCUUCAGAAUAAGCAACGAAUUUACAAUCCAUCAAAUGAUCCAUACAGGGAAGAGGCCAUAUAAAUGCAUGGAGUGUGAAAAAGAAUUCAAAACAAGCAGUCAUCUUACAACCCAUCAAAGGAUCCACACAGGGGAGAAGCCAUAUAAAUGCAUGGAGUGUGAAAAAGAAUUCAAAACAAGCAGUCAUCUUACAAUCCAUCAAAGGAUCCACACAGGGGAGAAGCCCUUUAAAUGCAUGGAGUGUGGAAAGGACUUCAGAAUAAGCUAUGAUCUUACCUGCCAUCAAAUGAUCCACACCGGAGAGAAGCCAUAUAAAUGCAUGGAGUGUGGAAAGGGCUUCAGAAGAAACAGUCAUCUUAAAUGCCAUCAAAGGCUCCACACAGGGGAGAAGCCAUAUAAAUGCAUGGAGUGUGGAAAGGGCUUCAAUGCAAGCAGUUACCUUACAACCCAUCAAAGGAUCCACACAGGGGAGAAGCCCUUUAAAUGCAUGGAGUGUGGAAAGGGCUUCAGAAUAAGCAACGAACUUACAAUCCAUCAAAUGAUCCAUACAGGGAAGAGGCCAUAUAAAUGCAUGGAGUGUGAAAAAGAAUUCAAAACAAGCAGUCAUCUUACAACCCAUCAAAGGAUCCACACAGGGGAGAAGCCCUUUAAAUGCAUGGAGUGUGGAAAGGGCUUCAGAAUAAGCAACGAACUUACAAUCCAUCAAAUGAUCCAUACAGGGAAGAGGCCAUAUAAAUGCAUGGAGUGUGAAAAAGAAUUCAAAACAAGCAGUCAUCUUACAACCCAUCAAAGGAUCCACACAGGGGAGAAGCCCUUUAAAUGCAUGGAGUGUGGAAAGGACUUCAGAAUAAGCUAUGAUCUUACCUGCCAUCAAAUGAUCCACACCGGAGAGAAGCCAUAUAAAUGCAUGGAGUGUGGAAAGGGUUUCAGUACAAGCAGUUACCUUACAACCCAUCAAAGGAUCCAUACAAGGGAGAAGCCGUAUAAAUGCAUGGAAUGUGGAAUGGGCUUCAAUACAUCCUAUGGUCUUAUUUCCCAUAACAGGAUUCAUAGACUGGAGAAUCCCCAAAGCAAAGAUACAUUUGGGUGAGAAUGUAUGCUAACUAUUGAUUUAAUGGGUUCCAUGUAUGGAUUUCCAGUUUACAGACUGAACUCUGAAAAGGGUUUUUGAAUGUAUCUGUAUAUAUAGUAUAUAGCAGUGUCAAAUUGGUGGCUCACGGGCUGGUCACAUCACAUGCAGGAGACGCCCAUCCCCCAGCUCCGCGAAUAGGGAAUGCAAUGCGUCACAUAAUGGCAUAGUCACACGAGGAGUUUGAAACCCAUGGUGAAUAGUUUCAUUUCAUUUUAUUGUUUAGAAAUGAGCUUCCUGUUCCCCAACUGUCAUCAUUCCCCCAGUUAGUCAUAGCUCUCAGAGGGAUGCGAAGACGUCUAAGCCCAAAAGGAAAAUAUCAAAAAAAUAAUCAAAUUGCACCCAUGGUAUAGAACUGGGAUCCCCAAAAAUAAUUAUAUUUGCAUCCUCAGUGUAGAACUGAGACCUGAGUCAGCCGGUAUCUAUACAGAAACAUUGAACAUUAUACAGUCAAAGGCCUCAUGAUAUGAGGGAAUUGUCACAUGGAGAUCAAUGAACAGCUUGUGGGAAGAGCUAAAAGGAUGAAAAUUCCUCUCUCACAAAAGGAGCCAGAAGCGCCCCAAGUGCUUGUGCAAUUUUCUUUUCAAGCAUUAUGGCCAUAUUUUGCUCUUCUGUAGUAUGGUGAGGGCUACUAAGUCCACAUUUGGAUUAAAUAAAAUAAAUAUCAAUGGUGUGGUUUCGUUCUAGUCAUGUGUUAUACUCAUCUAUUAAACUCUUAGUUGCUUUAAAAAUGUAUAACACAUGUUGGUGUGAAGCUCAAUUGCCAGUAAUAGUUCUGGAUCAAGCUGAACAAUAAAGAGAACGAAAAGA